AUGGGCUCUCUACUACCUGGAAUUGUCGAUGCUUUUUUGUGUACUGUUCUACAGUCUAAAUAUUGUCUAACAAUUGGUGAUGUUUGGUUUGCUAGCUCAUCCGGAAUCCGUAUCUUUGUGAAGACCCCCACCGGCAGCACAAUCUGCCUCAAGGUCCACUCAUCAGACACCCUGUACACUGUCAAGGCAAAGAUCCAGCAGCAGUACCGCCUCUUCUUCGAUGGGGUGCAGCUAGAGGACAACUGUACAUUGGCCGAUUAUGGCAUCCAGCAUGACUCUACAAUUGACCUCCAGGAAAAGAUGCAAAUCUACAUGACAGAGACGCGGGCAGGCAGGAUCAUCACCCUUGAGGUUGACAGCCUAGACACCAUUAGUAACGUGAAGUCCAAGAUCCAGGACAUGGAGGGCUUUCCCAAGGGCAAGCAGUGCCUCAUCUUUGCCAACAAGCAACUGGAGGACGACAAGCGCACCUUGGCUGACCACAACAUCUGGAAGGAGUCCACCCUCCUCCUCGUCCUCCGCCCCUGUAGGCCAGGAGCAAGUAGGAUGAUGCACAUCUUUGUCAAGCCUCUGAAAGGGAAGACUCUCACCCUUGAGGUUGAGAGCUCGUAUACCAUCGACAAUGUCAAGGUGAAGAUCUACGAGCAGAAAGGCACUCCCCCUAUGGAGCAGCGCCUCAUCUUUGGUGGCAAGCAGCUGGAGGACGGCCGCACCCUGGCGGACUACAACAUUCAGAGCGAAAACACCGUUCAUUUGGUGUACCGCCUUUGUGGUUGCUGA